ACCCGCGCGGAAGUGACGCAAGGGCCCCCCCUCCCGGCCCCCCCACCCCAAAAAAAAAAACCCCGCGCGGCGUCCAUCUCUGAAAACAGAGACGGGAGAGAGAGAGAGGGAGAGACAAAGACGGACGCGGCGGCGACGACGACUACAACAACCAAACGGAGACUGGGAGAGAAACAAAGAAGCCCGUGGCGGAGGGAGAGAGGAGACGAGGAGGAGGGAGGAGACGCGGGCGGGAAAGCCGGCGACGUUAUGUCGACCAAACGAAAGAGUAAGAAGCUCGACUCCCUGGUGCAGAAGCUGCAGGACUUCAUGACUCAGUCGGUCGGCGAGGAAGAGGCGGAGGCAGAAAUCAUGGGCUCCGACGGCAACGAGGAGGAGGCUAACGCGGACGCGAAGACGUCGUCUCUUGCGGACAAGAUGAGGAGAGACAAGGACACGAGUUCUCCCAGUCCACAGGCCGGUCCCUCGCGCUCACGAAGGAAGCCCGCGCACGUCGUCAAGGUCAUCGCUUCUGAUGACGACAACGACGAUCUGGCCGAAGAGGAAGACGCCAGGAACAAAGAGCAAGGCAACAACAACAACAACGAUGACAACGACGAUCUUGAGGACGGACAGGAGGUGGAUGACGACGGUGGUGGUGGUGGUGGUGGUGGCGACGACGACGAUGGUAGCGGUGGUGGCGGUGGAUCUAAGGGGCGAGUGGGCAUGGUGCGAGGAGGAGGAGGAGGAAGGAGGAGGGACAAGGAGAGACAAGCGACACAAGAGCAGGAGGCGGAAGAUUCUGCCGAUGCCGCCAUGGAUGUCUCGGAACUGCCCGAAGGCACGGUGGUGGUGGAGCCUGAGCCGGUCCAGGAUGAGAAGAGGGAUGCCUUCCGGGGUCCAGAAUUCCGAGGAGGAAGUGAAGGAGGAGGAGGAGGUGGUGGUGGAGGCGGAAGAGGAGGAGGAGGAGGGAGUGAAGGGAGGUCCGGAAAGUCACGACGAUUGGUGCACGGCGCAGAGGGGACCCUGCAGAGCAUCGUGUCGUGCACAGCUUGCGGGUCGCAGGUCAACCACUUCAUCAAGGACUCGCUGUUCCGCCACCCCGUGCUCAAAACGCUCAUCUGCAAGAGCUGCUACAAGUACUACACAAGCGAUGACAUCAACCAAGAUGAAGAGGGGAUGGAUGAGCAGUGCAGGUGGUGUGCCGAGGGUGGCAACCUGCUCUGCUGCGACUUCUGCCACAACGCCUUCUGCAAGAGCUGCGUGCUGCGCAACCUGGGCCGCAGGGCCCUGCGCGACGUCGUCGCCAGCGGCGACGCCAAGUGGGCCUGCUUCGUGUGCGACCCGGCCCCCCUCAUCGACGUCGUCGCCGCCUGCGACGCCGUCUUCGAGUCCCUCGACCUCCGCGGCAAGCGCUGGCACCACCAGAACCGGCAGCAGCAGCAGCAUCGGCGGCAGCAGCAGGAGCAGCAGCAGCAGCAGCAGCAGCAGGUCCGCCACCGGCGCAAUCGUCACGAGAAGCCGGGCAAGCGCGGCGAGCGCGGCGAGCGCGGCGGCGGCGGCGGCGGCGACGUGACGGUGAGGUGCGCCGAAACGGGCGCCGCGAUCACCGUACCGCGCCCGCCGAUCGGCGGCGGUCAGGACGUCCGGAGGCAGCUCAUGAUCCCCAAGGAGGUUUUCCGCAAGUCCCAGAAACUGAUCGAGGCGACGGUGAACUUGAGCCUGAAGUACAUCAAGUUCCUGGGCUCGGCGUCGCGCAGCGGCGACGACGAUGACGCCGGCGACGCCGGCGACGCCGGCCACCGGGGCUCGUCGCCGGAGAGGCUGGCGGUGCGCCUGCGGAAGGCCCGGGCCUUCCGCUCGGUGCUGUCGGAGCUCAGGAAGGCCCACGUGGCCCUCCACCGGAGCAUGGAGGAGGAGGUGGCCACGCAGGCGGCCUCGAUCAGGGAGUUGGAGGCCAAGGGGGGGCGGGCGAAGGCCGCGGCGGAGGUGAAGGCCGCGGCGGAGGCGAAGGAGGAGGUGGACGAGGAGGAGGAGGUGAAGGAGGGCGGAAGAGGAGGGAAGGGCGCUAAGGAAGGAAAUAGAGGAGGGCGGAAGGCACAGGCAGAGAGCCGCCCGUCGAAAGACAAAGUCAAGGGCAGGCAUCGAGCGGAGAGGGAGGGAGAGAAGGUCAACGAGGAGGUGGACGAUGAGGUGGAGGACGAGGAGGAGGACGCGGGGCGGUUGCCCAAAGGUGCGCCGGCAGAGCGACCCGGCGGGAAGGAGGAGCCGGCGAGGGGCCCGGCGUCCGAGCCUCGCCGGGCGGCGCCGGGCGGCCCCUCGCCGGCGCCGCGGCACCACCGCCGCAAGUCCCUGCGCACCGCCCGCUCGCAGGAGGAGCCCGGAGGGGACGCUGCGGCGGCGGCUGCGGCUGCGGCGGCUGCGGCGGCGUCGUCGUCGGAAGAAGGAGGAGGAGGAGGAGGAGGGAGCGGCGACGAAGAGGGCGACGGAGGCGGCCAUGGUGGCGAUCGGGCCGUCCGCAUUGGCGCCGUCAAAAAACCGAAGCCGUCGGCGGAAGAGCCGGCGCCGUCGGGCGUCGACGCGGCGAGCAAAGCGGAGGCCGGCGACGAGCCGAUCGCCGCCUUCACCGCGGACUUCGACUUUGACAUGGCGGAGCACGCCGUGGCGGACGACUCGUGGCUGCUCGCCGAGCUCAGCGACAUCUCCUCCUGCGUGCAGCCCGCCGCCGACGGCGACGCCGGCAAAGCCGCCGACGGCAAAGCCGCCGCCGAUGCUGGAGGCGCGGCCAAGGCCGGCGGCGACGAUCGGCAAAGCGACGCCGCGCGGCGGGAAGAGGAGGAGGUGGUGGAGGAGGAGGAGGAGGAGGACGUGGAGGGUGAUGAUGUGGAAGAGGAGGAGGAGGAGGAUGAGGAUGGCGGUACAAAGAGCAAGGAAAGAGCGACAACGAAGAAGAGGAAGAAGAAGGCCAACGGGAAGAACCGACCGCUGUCGGCGUCGCGUAAGGCCAAGGAUGGAGACGCAAAGAGCCACGGGAAGGAAGAGGAGGAGGAGGAAGAGGAGGAGGAAGAAGGGGAGGCCGAUGAGGAGGAGGCCGAUGAGGAGGAGGCUGUGACCCCCGCGAAAGAGAGGGCUGCCAGCAAGCCGUCCGCGCUGUCGGAGCCCAGCGUCAAGACGGGCCCCGUUGUGCGGCUGAGGCCUAUCAAGGCCUUGCCUGAGCAGCCCCUGGGCCCGACGGCGACGGAGGGGGGGGCGCGGUCACCGGCCACCGACGACGGCGGCGCCGACGACGAUUGUGAGAACGGGGAGAAGGAGGAGGAGGACGAGGAGGAGGAGGAGGAGGGUAGACACACUCGCGCCACGACCGAGCGACGGAAGAAGGAACGCGGUGGCGACGACGACGACGGCCGUGGCCGUGGCAAGAAGACGAGGAGGAGCAAGAAGACGCUGGAGAAGAAACAUAAAUACGAGGAAGAGGAGGAGGAGGAGAAGGAGAAGAAGAAGCAGAAACAGAAGAAGGGAGAGAAGAUGAGCGAGGGGGAGGAGGAGGAGAAGGAGAAGCAGAAACAGAAGAAGGGAGAGAAGAUGAAGGAGAAGAAGAAGCAGAAACAGAAGAAGGGAGAGAAGAUGAGCGAGGGGGAGGAGGAGGAGGAGGAGGAGAAGGAGAAGAAGAAGCAGAAACAGAAGAAGGGAGAGAAGAUGAGCGAGGAGGAGGAGGAGGAGGCUGGCGCCGGAGAGGCGUCGGCGGACAAAGUGGAGUCGGACCGCCACCGUCUGCAGCGGCCGCACGGGCAGAGAGAGAACGGAGAGCAAGGGGAGGUGGAGUUGGGGAAGGAGGAGGAGGAGGGAGAUGAGGGGAAGGAGGAGGAUGAGGGGAAGGAGGAGGAUGAGGGGAAGGAGGAGGAGGAUGAGGAGGAUGAGGAGAGCCGGAUGAGAUGCGGCGACGAGGACGCGAGGCCCAAGUCCAAACGAAGGAAGUCGCCUCGCCGGCCGGGCGGGGACGACAAAGCCGACGCGGCAGACAGCAAGCGGUCGCCUCGGCAGAAGACCACGCCGCUGCGGCGCCCCUCGGCCGGCGUCGCCAAGCGCCUCCUGGGGGCGGCCGAGGAGGAAGGCGCUUGGCGUCGCCCCGGCAGCAGCAGCAACAACAACAGCAGCGACGACGACGCCGCCGAGGGCGAGGGCGGCGGCGAGGACGCAGCGGGCAAGGCGGAGGCCGCGUCACCGCGACGCCCCACCAAGGGUGGGCGGGCCAAGCGGGGGAGCAAAUUGGCGGCGCGGGACGACGGCGACGACGGCGGCGACGACGGCGGCGACGACGACGGCGGCGACGACUCCGACGAGCCGCCGGGGACCGCGACGAAGGCCGAGGAUGAGGCGGACGAGGCCUCGGAUUCGGACGAGGUGCCGCUCAUCCUGAGGAUGUCCGCAAGGGACGCCGGCGCGGCCGGGCGGGCGUCGUCCGACGACGACGACGACGAGGGGGAGGAGGACGAUGAGAAGGACGGCAGUGGCGGCGACGACGGGGAUAAGCGAGGCGUCGCGAAGAAGGGGAAGCGGGCGGCCCUGGCAAGCAAGCGCAAAGCGGGGGGCGGCAAGGCUGCGGCGUCGAACGACGAGGCGGAGGGCGACGAGGGCGACGAGGGCGACGAGGCGGAGGGCGAGAAGACGACGAGCCGGCUGGGCAAGAAGCGCGGCAAGGCGGCGGCGGCGGCGGCGUCGGCGUCGCCGUCGCGCGCCACGACGAGGUCGGCCAGCGCCAAGCGGCGGCGCCGGCGAUCCGACUCCUCCAACUACGACCCGGAGCUGGAGCGGGAGAUCGGACGGCUGGGCAAGCUGCGGCCCGCCAAGCGUGCCAGGACGGCCAAGGGCGACGACGGCGGCGGCGACGACGACGACGACGACGACGACGAUGAGGUGGCGGCGGCGGCCGCGGCAAGAAAGAAGAGGCAGAAGAGCGCGGCGCUCAAGAGCAAGGAGGUGAAGAAGGAGCCGGGUGAUGAGGACGAGGACGACGACGAGGAGGAGGAGGACGAGGAGGGGAAGAAGUCUCGCCUACGACGGAGAGCCCGAAAGGAACGGGUGAAGAAGGAAGAGGUGGACAAGCUGUUGGUGCCGUCGGAGGACGAGGAGGAGGAGGGGGGCGGGGAGGAGGAGGAUGAGGAGGGUGGGGAUGAAUCGGACGCGUCGGCACAGAGGAUCAAGACGAUCGUGGACAGCGUGGCGGACGCCAAGGCCGGAGGGCAGUCCUUCUCUGACGACGACGACGGCGGCGAGGAGGUGAAGGACGGGCCGGACGCCGCGUCCGAGGAGAGCGACGACAGCCCAGAAAACAGAAUCGCCAAGUCUAUGCUGCUGCAAGAGAUCAUGGUGGGGAAGCUGUCGGGAGAGGACAGCUCAUCGGAGGAAGACGAUAAGGAAGAUGCGCAGGCGGCCGGGAAGAAGAGGAGCAAGGGAGAUGAAGGAGGCAGCGGUGACGGCGCGGAGGAGGAGGAGGAGGACGAGGCAGAGGCCGAUGACGACGGCGGCGGCGGCUCCGACUCGGACUUCGAGAUCCCCAACAAGUCGCGCUUCCGCCACCACCUCCUGCGCCACAAGCUGGUGGAGAGCGACUCGGACUCGGCACGCGCACGCAAGGGGACCAAGGAGGGGAAGGAGGAGGGCGACGAGGAGGAGGAGGAUGACGAGGAGCGGACGCCCAAGAAGCCUCGACGCAAACCCAACCGGGGCAUCAACACGGCCGACAGCGACGACGAUUCUGAGGACGACGAGGCGGAGGAGGAGGGGAGCUCUGGGUCUCUGCGCAAGUCCGAGCUGGACGGGACGACCUCCGACUCGCAGUCGGACAGCAAGAAGAAGAAGUCCUACAAGACCAGGUCGUCAAAGAAGCUGGGGGAGGAGGAGACGCAGCGGAGCUACAAGCAGAAGAAAAAGCGGCGACGCAUCAAGGUCCAGGAGUCUUCGUCCGACGAGAACUCGGACGAGAGCGAUCGCAAGCGCAAGAGGAGGAGGAAGAAGAAGAGGAAGGGCUCUGACGACGAGGGCAGCUCGGACGAGGAGGGCGGCUCGGACGACGACGACUCCAAGUCGCCCGGCAAGGGGCGCAAGAAGAUCCGCAAGAUCAUCAAGGACACGAAGCUGCGCGACGAGACGCAGCAGGCGCUCAAGGAAGAGGAGGAGAGGCGUCGGCGCGUCGCCGAGCGCGAGAAGGAGCGCGACAAGCUGCGCGAGGUGAUCGUGAUCGAGGAUGAGGCGAUCGCACCGUGCCCCAUCACCACGAAGCUCGUGCUGGAGGAGGACCCCGAGACCCACGAGCCCGUCGUGGAGGUGCUGCGCUCCCUCGUGUGCAAGCUCAAGCCUCAACCAGGUGGACGCGCUAAGUCUCAUCAGGUGGACGGGGUGCAGUUCAUGUGGGACUGCUGCAUUGAGACCGUGAAGAAGGCCAAGAAGGAGCCGGGGUCUGGGUGCAUCCUCGCUCACUGCAUGGGACUCGGAAAGACUCUGCAGGUGGUGACGCUGCUUCACACCGUGCUGACCAACAAGAAGCUCGACUUCGACACGGCCCUCGUCGUGUGUCCCCUCAACACCGUCCUCAACUGGCAGAACGAGUUCAACCUCUGGAUCGGAAACCUGGAAGAGGAUGAGCUGGAGGUAUGGGAGCUGACGACGGUGAAGCGGGUGCAGGACCGCGUGCGCCUGUUGCAGGAGUGGCACGAGACGGGCGGCAUCAUGAUCAUGGGCUAUGAGAUGUACCGCAACCUCACGCAGGGGCGCAACAUCAAGAGCAAGAAGCAGCGCGAGGCCUUCGAGCGAACACUCGUCAACCCCGGCCCGGACUUUGUGAUCUGUGACGAGGGCCACAUCCUGAAGAACGAGAACUCGGCCAUCUCCAAAGCCAUGAACGCCAUCGCGACGCGCAGACGCGUCGUGCUCACAGGGACCCCCCUGCAGAACAACCUCAUGGAGUAUCACUGCAUGGUGAACUUCAUCAAGGAGAAUCUGCUGGGCUCGUCCAAGGAGUUCCGGAACCGCUUCAUCAACCCCAUCCAGAACGGGCAGUGCUCUGACUCCACGCCGGCCGACGUGCGCCUCAUGAAGAAGAGGGCACACAUCCUCUACGAGCUGCUCGCCGGCUGCGUGCAGAGGAAGGACUACACGGCGCUCACCAAGUUCCUGCCCCCCAAGCACGAGUACGUGCUCUCCAUCCGCCUCACGCCGCUGCAGUGCAAGCUCUACCAGCACUACCUGGACAACUUCACAGGCGCGGCGAUGAUGGGCGAGCAGAGCCGUGGCCGCUGCGGCACGAAGCUGUUUGCCGACUACCAGAUGCUGUGCCGCAUCUGGACUCACCCCUGGUGCCUGCACCUCGACUACAUCAGCAAGGAGAACAAGGGCUUUUACGACGAAGACAGCAUGGACGACUUCAUCGCCACGUCCGACGAGGAAGAAGCCUCCAUGAGUGGCCUGGGGUCGGACUCGGAGCCCACGACGAGUCGCAGGAAGGGCAAGAAGGGCGCCGGCAAGGGGGGCGGCGGAGACGGCGGGAGGGGCGGCGGCCCCGGCGGCGCCGGCGGCGGCCCCAGCGGCAACGACAGGAGGGGCGGCGGUGGCCGCAGCUCCGACUCGGACACGGUGGAGGUGGUGAAGGUGUGGAACACGAGGUCGCGGCGGGGCGCGGGAAACACUCGGCCUGACGACGACGACGUGCCCCACGUCACGCCCAAGGUGGAGAAGGUCGAGGAGAAUGACGCCAAAGGCACGGCCGAGUGGUUCAAGGAGUUUGUGAAGGAGGAGGAGGCCGAGGUGAUUGCCCACUCGGGCAAGCUGACGCUGCUCUUCGAGACGCUCGCCAUGGCCGAGGAGUUGUGCGAGAAAGUUCUGGUGUUCAGCCAGUCUCUCAUCUCGCUCGAUCUCAUCGAGGACUUCCUCGAGAUGGCAAACAAGGCCAAGGCGGCCAAGAAGCAGAGUCCCUACAAAGGCAAGGGGAAGUGGUUCCGUAACGUGGACUACUACCGCAUGGACGGAUCCACGUCCGCGAGUCUCCGCAAGAAGUGGGCGGAGGACUUCAACGAUGAGAGCAACCCCCGGGGCCGCCUCUUCCUCAUCUCCACCAAGGCGGGCUCGCUGGGCAUCAACCUGGUGGCCGCCAACAGAGUCAUCGUAUUCGACGCCUCGUGGAACCCCUCCUACGACAUCCAGAGCAUCUUCCGCGUCUACCGCUUUGGGCAGACGCGGCCCGUGUUUGUCUACCGCUUCCUGGCGCAGGGCACCAUGGAGGAGAAGAUCUAUGACCGUCAGGUGACGAAGGAGUCGCUGUCGUUCCGCGUGGUGGACCAGCAGCAGGUGGAGCGUCACUUCACGAUGAACGAACUCUCGGAGCUCUACACCUUCGAGCCGGAGCGCCUCGACGAGCCCAACAAGAAGAAGAAGCGCCCCACGCCGCGGCUGCCCAAGGACAAGAUCCUGGCGGAGAUGCUGCAGAACAACCGGGACCAGAUUGUGGAGUACCAUGAGCACGACUCGCUGCUCGACCACAAGGAGGAGGAGGCGCUCACGGAGGAGGAGCGCAAAGCCGCCUGGACUGAGUACGAGGCCGAGAAGAAGGGUCUGAACCUGAACGCGAAGGUCAACUCGGCCCACUCCAUGACCAGCCUGGCCAUGUGGAGGAUGGACUACGCCCAGUCGCUGCUCACCGCCUCCCCACAGCAGCUACAGGAGAUGCUGAACACGAGCCGGGCGCAGGUCGCGGACGCCCACACACGCCUAGCGCAGAACAAACUCGACUCGGCCGAGGAGAUCCUGCGCAGGGUGAGGAACACGAACCCGACGCUGAACGAGAGCCAGGUGCUGGAGGUGUGCCAGCUGGUGCAGCGUAACCAGCAGGCCGACCGGCGGCGCUUCGAGGCCAACUACCAGGAGCUGCUGGCGCGCCACCAGAUGAUCUUUCAGGCCUACCAGAGCCUGGCCCAGCAGACCGCGCAGCUCCAGGCGCAAGCCAUGCUGCAGCAGCAGCAGCAGCAGCACCAGCAGCAGCUGCUCACCAUGCAGGCCGCCGCGGGCUACAGGCCGCACAUGGGCGGCCUUCACGGCCUCCUGCAGCAGCAGCAGCAGCAGCAGCAGCGUGGCGGUAUCGGUGUUGGCGGCGCUAUGCCCGGCUCGUCCUCCGGUGUCGUGCCCCAGACGGGGGACGGCUCUCAACAGGAGCCCAUUCUGCUGUGAUUGUGACGGAGCCACGGGCCUAAACGUUGAUUGGCCCGGGGUGAGGGCGGGCACGGAGUGGUUGGCGGUGGGGUUUGGGGGGGGGGGGUUGGUGGGGCCACUCUGUAGGCCUCUCUGUAGGCCAUCGCCGUGCCCUAUCGCCGGGUCACCGCCGUCUCCCCUCGUGCUCGCCGUGGUGGGUCGGAGCGAGAUGAUAAUCGUUUGGGGGGGGGGGGGGGGGGGUGGGUGGCCCUAAACGCCGGGAGCUUGGCAAGUGGCCCGACCGUUGUUGUUGGGUCGCUGUGGCCUGUUUGUGCGGUGGGGGGGGGGGGGGGCGACCGUGGCCUAAUUGGCGGCUCGCUGUAGGUCGGAGCGAGCUAACGUGGGUUCGCUGUGGCCUAACGUGGGCCUCAGUGGCCUAAUGUUGGCCACUGUGGCCUGACACACGGCCCAGUGCGACUUUAAGUGUCAACACCGCUGCCGGCUCCAUUGAGAGAUUCGGCUCCGUUUGAGCCACGGGCAAAGCGCAAAACGGGGCGGCGGGGUGGGGGGGCCUCGCUCCGGCCUGGCGACGUCAUACAGCCUCGGGGGGGGGCCCCCCCCCCCCCCGCCCCUCCAGGGUAGGCCAUGGACGGCCUAGACGCAAACCACCCACGGGCCCCCCCCCCCCCUUCCGCCACAUCCCCCCCCCCACUCCACCCCCGAUUUUUGCUACUGUAUCUGUCGGCGUUGGUGCAGCAUCGCCAUCCAGUUUGUGUUGGCCAUCACCAGGGCACUUUUGUUUUCCUUUCGGGAAUGUACUCCCCCUCCCUCCCUCCCCCGCCCCGCCCCCCAAUGUCGGAAGUCGUUGGUGAGGAGCUGCGGUCCAGGAGCAGCGAUGGUGUCGCCUUGGUGAUGUCGUCCGUGUGUUAUUUUUAUAAAGACCGAGACCCCAGCGGCCGUGUGCAACCGCACCGAUCGCGCUCUCUCCCGCUCGCCUGGUUGCCUAGCGACCUGCGCGGCCGGUUGCCUAGCGACCUGCGCGGCCGGUUGCCUAGCGACCUGCGCGGCCGGUUGCCUCGCGACCCGCGCGGCCGGUUGCCUAGCGACCCGCGCGGCCGGUUGCCUCGCGACCUGCGCGGCCGGUUGCCUAGCGACCUGCGCGGCCGGUUGCCUCGCAGCCUGCUCGGCCGGUUGCCUAGCGACCUGCGCGGCCGGUUGCCUAGCGACCUGCUCGGCCGGUUGCCUCGCGACCUGCUCGGCCGGUUGCCUAGAGGCCUGCGCGGCCGGUUGCCUAGCGACCAACCCUCGCGAACCGGUUGCCUUGGCAGCGGUGGACGGGGAGACCUCUUUCCGACCGAGCGUCGAUUCCGCCCGGCGUUUUGACGGCGACGGGCACGCGGGGUUUUCCCUCGACUGACGCCGAACUGCUCGCCGUUCCGCUUGACGUGACCACACCAUUGCCACCAUUUUUGUUUUAUUUUUAAUUUUAUUCCCCCCCGGUAAAUAUUCACCGCGUUCCCGCCGCGUCACGGCAAACCGGCGGCUGUGAGGUUGAGAUAAACGUGUCCAAACGAU